AUGAACUCAGGACACGAGCAACGGACACCUCGGACACCCUUCAGCAUCGCAGACAUCCUAGGCCCGCGCAUGGUCCCCCGAGCAUCCUCUGACCCGCAGCUUCCAGAAUCGGGUCCCAGUCCCUCUUCACCGCUGUGCGCACUGGAGGAGCUGACCAGUAAAACUUUCCAUGGUCUUGACGGGAGCGCUCGGCAGCCCUCCGAAGGCCGGGCAGGCCCCGAAACGCUGGGCCCUGGCCCUGCCGGCCGCAAACGCCGCAAGUCCCGCACAGCGUUCACCGCGCAGCAGGUGCUAGAGCUUGAGCGGCGCUUCGUCUUCCAGAAGUACCUCGCACCAUCCGAACGCGAUGGGCUGGCUACGCAACUCGGACUGGCCAACGCGCAGGUGGUCACUUGGUUCCAGAACCGGCGCGCCAAAUUCAAGCGCGACGUGGAGGAGAUGCGCGCAGACGUCGCCUCGCUACGAGCGUUGUCCCCCGGAGUUCUGUGCCGUCUGGGACUGCCCAACGGCGCUCCAGACCUAGGCCUGGGCCCUGGCCUCGGUCUCAGCCCCUCUGGGCCUGACUCCGGGGUCCACUUGUCAGACGAAGAGAUACAGGUGGAUGAUUGA